UUCCCGUUAAUACAACUCUUUCUGGAAACAUAAACCUAAACUUCAAGAGCUCUACACAGUGAUGUAGUCCAUCUUGGAAGUGUUUCAGUUGAAAGACCUUCCUGCGACCGUGAAAAGUGAACUCAUCUGUAAUGUUUGGAAAUGUGUGCGCAACGCAGAAGUGAAGCACUAAGAUCUGCAGUUAACUCGACAAACAAGGAAGCAGAGAACUGAAAAAUAUAGUUAUAACAAGAAAAGGAAAAAGAAAUGGAUGAAGAAAGUAUACAAACUAUUCUCUUGGAUUUUCAGAUCCUGCAAAUUAUCAGGGAAGAUCCCACAAUCAGGUGCAAUAUCAUAUAUUCAGACAUUUCUGAUGUCUUCAGGAUGCUAUUUGAAGCAACAGAGGAGGAACUACACUGCUGUUUAGGAGAAAUUGAGAAAACUGCAGAUGAGAUGGACACAGUGAAGAAGAAUGCUGCCAUUGUCAGUGUGGCAGGGAGCACCGCAGGUGUGAUUAGCGGUGUGUUGUGCAUCAUUGGUCUGGCAUUGGCUCCAGUCACUUUUGGGGCAUCUACUAUCCUCACUGCUGUCGGAACUGGGGUGGGAGUAGCAGCUGGAGCUGCAGGGUUAGGUACAGGGAUUACUGAGACAGUCCUUAAUCGAAAAGACAAGGAAAAGGUCAAGAAACUCCUUGAGAAAUAUACCACAGCUUUGAAUGAAAUACGAGAUUUUUUAGGAAUUGAACGUUUAACAGACAAUGCAGGUAAUGAUGAUUUAAACAAAGAUUCAGAUAAAUCUGAUGCUGCUAUAAAGGUAGCUUCUGUUACUGUAAAAAUAGCUUCACGGGCUCCUCUGAUUGUUGAUGACAUAGCCAGAAUGGCAGAUGCAGCAAGUGACGGUGCCGCAGCUAUAGGCAGAGCUGUGGAUGGCGCUGCAGAUGCAGCAGCUAUUGCAUCACGGUCUGCUGCAAUAGCUGGCGGAGUUUUAAGUGGCGUUUUUAUUGGGGUAGAUAUUAUCAACAUCUGCUCAAAUGGUUAUGACCUUGCUAAAGGUCAAAAAAAUGUAUUUGCAAAAGCAAUAAGGAAGAUAGCGGGCGAGUGGAGGAGUGAGCUGGAUUCGUAUAGAGGCCUUUAUGAGGACUUUAAAAAGAGUAGGGAGUUAGCCAUUCUAUAUAAACAAACUUUGGAUAAAAAGCAAAUCAUGCCUUCAACUUCAUUUUCUUCUUCAGAUACUUUACUUGGAAUUCUGUUAGUUGUGCUCUGUUUUAUCAUUUAUAUUUUAUUUUAGUCAUGGCAGUAAUCAAAAUGCCAAGAAUUAGCUGUACUUACGAAAUUAGGUCAGCAGGAAGGAGCAGGUCAAACAAACGGUGUAAUCAGAAUUAUCACAUAAAAUUCAAUUUCUUAGUUGCUGAGAAUAAAAUUAUAGGAUGUUUCAGUUACACAAGAAUUUAAUGAAAUGUGCAGACUCCACACUGACCCAUUCAGAAAUCAAACUUUGGUGCCAACAAUUGCGAGUUAACAAGUGUAACCAUGGCACAAACCUGUAGUUCCCUUUGAUGUCUUGUAAAGCGCUUUGAGCUACAUUUUUUUGUAUGAAAAUGUGCUAUAGAAAUAAAUGUUAUUGUUGUUUCAGGUCAAGCAGCAUAGAGACAUUCCCCUACGAAUAUGUUUGUAUUUAAUAUAAUGGUGCAUAAAAGAGACACAUAAAGAGGCCUAAGAACAAGAGAUAAGUCAGUGAAUGUUUAGGUCAGUGCAUGGAGUAUUUUAAGCCAAAAUAUAACGCAGAAGCCAAAAACCAGACAAGAUCAAAAUCAAAAUUCCUGUUAACCUUUCCUUUACUGAUUGCUUUACUUUCUGAAGUGUUUAUGGUAAUAAUUUUAAAGUUUGGAUGCUAGGCUAUGUAAAAUGAUAUUAUAGGUCACAAUGCGUGUCAUUAGCUACAAGGUGUAAACAAUAAGAAGGAACCCAUACAAACCAACAACCAAAAUGGGAAUGCCUAUGGAAAAAAGGCAAAGAAAAUGGAAAUAUGAUGAUGUUAACUAAUAACAAUGAGUAAUUAAUAAGGAAUUAAUAAAGAAAGUAAGAAUAAUCUAUAUAACAAAGUUAUAUGUUUAAAGUAGAUAACAAAAAAAUAAACUUGUUUUGGUAUACAGUAUUCCCUCGCUACUUUGCGGUUCACUUUUCGCGGAUUCACGACUUCGCGGGUUUUUAAAUACAAGUGAUUGCCCGCCUAUCGCGGAAGUUAUGUUCCAGACCCAUCAGCAACAGGAGAAAAUCCACGAUAUAGAAAGACCAUAUAAAUAAACAUUUUUAUAGUUUAAGCCUUAAAAUACCCAUCCCACAUGCUUCAAACACAUGUAAACUUAUAAAACACACUUUGUUAACACAUAUGAUAUGUGGAUGUCGGGCUAAGGAUAUGAGUAACAUCUCACUAUUAUAAAACAUUUUAACUUCACGCAAGACAAGACAGUGAGACAGGAAAAUAGGUGAUGUACAGGCUUUUAAAUUAUUGACACGCAGAGCGACAAGCAGCACAAAGCCAGCACAAAGUCCACUUCUCCUUAGCGUUCAUUCUGCUCCCCACCCCCUUGACAAUGUGAAGUGGCAGGAGCGUGCGCCUCCGCGGAGGGGGGGUUUGAGCGAACGUGCGUUCAGCCCUCACACACCCCCAUUCCUCCUCCUCCUUCCGAACGCGCAGAGCGACAAGCAGGCAUUUUGGCAGAAGCAGCACCAAGUCCAUUUCUGCUCUGCUGAGAGUUCAGCUGCCCCCCUUCACAAAGCAAGUGCAGACACAUCGACGUUUGAUCGCUGCGUGCAGUGUGCAGUGUUGGUCUGCGGUGUUUAAGAAUGCAGAAAGUGUUUAAGAGCAUAGGAAGUGUUUAUAAGAGUGUGGGAAAGGUUAACAAGAGAGUGAGAAAGGUUUAUAAGAGUGUGGGAAGGGUUUAUAAAGCCUUAAAAUAUGUAUAAAUAAUAAAAUAAAUAUAGGUCGCUACUUCGUGGAUUUUCACCUAUCGCGGGGGGCUCUGGAACGUAACCCCCGCGAUAAAUGAGGGAUUACUGUAGUAGAUAGAUAGAUAGAUAGAUAGAUAGAUACUUUAUUAAUCCCAAGGGGAAAUUCACAUACUCCAGCAGCAGCAUACGGAUACAAAAAAACAAUAUUAAAUUAAAGGGUGUGACAGAUAGAGGUCGCUGUCGUCCUCUUGAACCCUCUGACCUGACUCCAGACACCAGGUAAAAGUCCAAAUACUAUUUUUAUUUGAACAAUAACGUGCACAAAGCACACUCCACUCCACGAUACUCAUAAAUUACCAAUAAUCAAUCAAUACAAUCCUCCACACUCCCAGAGGCGUUGCCACCCUUCCACCCAGCUCAGCUCAGCGUCUGGGCUUUCCCACAGUCCUUUUAUAGUCCUUGACCCGGAAGUGUUUCGCCCUCUCUGUCCACUUGACCUGGAACACUUCCGGGUCAGAUAAAAACUCUUCUUCUUCACCCCGGAAGCACGUCUGUCCUCUUGGGGUUCUCUGCCCACAGAAAAUUUAUAAACAGGUCCUCUGCAAAAGACGCUAGAGUAUCCUGCCGACUACGCCACUGUCCAUGAUGCCCUGCUGGAACUCUGGGCACCUCUAUGUUGCAGGCAGGGCUCCACCUGGCAGCCUGGGGUAUUGGCCAGGAUAAAAAGCCGGCCAUGUCCCACAAGGGUAAUAAAAAUGCAGGUAAAAACAGACAAUAACUUUGAAUAAUGUUAACGUUUAUCCCUCCCGGGUGGAACUGAAGAGUUGCCUAGUUUGGGGGAGGAACGAUCUCCUCAGUCGGUCAGUGGAGCAGGACAGUGACAGCGUGUUUUUUAUUUUUUAUUAUUAUAUAUUAUUGUAUUAUUUUGCUUAUAACUUACUAUGUUCAUACAUGUUUACUUUAAUGGAUUCUGAUUGCCGUACACUUUUUGUAUGUUCUGCAUUUUUUUAAUCUACUUUAAAUAUAUAACUUUAAUGUAUGCAAUGUUAUUAAUUUCUGUGUUAAUUCUUGCUUAUACUUUUUAUUAUUAGUUAGACUUUACUAUAAGCAUCAUUUUCCUAAUUUUGACAAUCAGCUUCGGUAAGAAUAUGAAGAGGUCAUAAGAAAAAGUCAGAAAAACUAUUUUAAACAUUAUUUUACUAAAUUCUUCGCACUCUGGCACAGGAUCUACUACAUUUCUUGCCAGUUACUGAAUAAUCUUUACAAUACUGUAACUGGCUUACAAGCCAUUAUAUCUAGGAAUGCCAGAAUCAUUGACAUUACAUCUUAAAGUACAACAAGUUUGAGAGACAUCUGAUAUCUGGGGAGGUAACUUCAAUCCAGAUCAUAUUCAAAAUGGACACAUAAAAAAUAUAAAAAACUGAUGACAAAUGAUGACAACUAUGUUUUAAUUCUAUUACAUCAGUUGGGAAAACACCAUGGAUUGCAGCCCACUACUCACAUAGUCUGGCUCAUAGUCUUAUGAUGCCAGUCUUCAAACUACCCUUACAGAGAUUGUUGCUGCUUGCGCCCAAUACCACAAUACUAGAUGGCAUAAUUCUUUUCACCUUGUACUGCUAUAAGCAGUCUAAAAAAACACUGGAUAGCUGACCUGGUGAGAUAUGUCUUCUGGGACUUCUUGCUUGUGUUUAUCAAUAAUGCCCACACACUUGUAAUAUUGUAAGGAGUAGAAAGAACAUGCUCCAUGGUGAUAUGUUCCUUCUAAAUUACUGCUAUACUACUACUUAUCAUUUAUCAGUCAGUCAGUCAUUAUUCAACCUGCUAUAUCCUUCCUCCUAAUAGUGGAGAUAUUCAGACAAAGAGACACAGUGCUAAAGAACGGAUAUAUGUAACUCCCUUACAAAAAAGAUUUUCACUCCUAUAGAAAACAACUGAAGGAAGCCUAUUGUAUAGUCUUCUUGCAGUUCCACAGUUGGGUAUUUCACAAUUGUAUGUCCAUCUGCAGAGGACUUGGUGGCAUUUUUCUAGGCAAAGCACAAGUGAAUGUCUUCAAUUUGCCUGUCCAUUAGGAAUUGUUUAGUUUAAUAAGGUAGUGAUAUUUUAUACAAAUGUGCAAGUUGUUUGGUUCCAUAAAGUGUCCACUCAAACAAGAAAGCAGUUGACUAACAAUGCUCUUGUUACUAUAACCUUAAACGAAACUUCUUAAAAUCCUUCUUUUACAAUGCUCAAAUUGUUAGUUUUUCAUUGUGACUGCUGUAAAAACUGCUAUAUGAAAUAAACUUUGAAUGGCA